GCUGCAUUUCCUCUUCCCCCUGGCGCUAGGGCGGAGUUGGUUGUAGGCUGGGUUUUGCCCAGUGUCGGAGUUCGCUCGGUUAACUCCGCUCGCCCGUGGCUACCCGGUGUGUAGGAGCUAAGUUGUACCGUGAUCAUGCCUAUGAAGGGCAGGUUCCCCAUCCGCAGGACGCUGCAGUACCUGAGCCAGGGCGACAUCAUCUUCAAGGACUCGGUGCAGGUGAUGACGGUGAACUACAACACCUGGGGGAACCUCAGCGAAGGAGCCAGAAAAUUUGUGUUUUUCAACAUACCUCAGAUCCAGUACAAAAACCCUGGGCUCCAGAUCAUGAUGUUUAAGAACAUGACACCAUCACCAUUCUUAAAAUUCUAUUUAGGUAAUGGGGAGCAAGUCCUGGUUGAUGUCGAAGAGAAGACUAACAAAGAGAUAGCACAACAUGUUAAGAAAAUUCUUGGGAAAAGCGAAGAAACCCUCCAGGCAGAAGCACAAGAGAAAAUGAAGCUGCGGCAUCCUGCAACAUUUGGCCCCAGAAAAUACCACUUGCGGGAGUGUAUGUGUGAAAUUGAAGGCCAAAUUCCCUGCCCUGGUAGAGUGCCAUUACCAAAGGAGAUGACUGGAAAAUAUAAAGCUGCCAUGAAAGAGAGUGCCACUUCCUAAGCCAACUUUAUAGGAAGCUUAUCUACAGCAGGGAUGAAAGGAUUCAGACUGCCAAGAAACUGGACAUCUUAACCCAGAUGAGAAUACAUUUUUUACAAAAUACCAUUUAAGUAAAGGAAAAAUAGCUGGACUGACUUAAAGCAAGGAAGGAUUAAUAUUUAAAAUAAAGUCAUGAGAUUGUUCUUGUUGUGGAGUGGAUUGUAAAUAUGUAUUUGCUAUCUGUUUUUAAAUCAAAUAACAGAUCUUGGUAGAUCCUUGGUUUAAUUAUGUUCUUUAACAUACAACUACCCAAAUACAGAAUCUUCUCUAUGUAAUGUGUUUUUGGGUUGGCAGGCUCCCCUUUCACGUUUUUUAUUUUCUUACAUUUAUAUCCCACCUUUCUUUUUUCAAGGAACCCAUAGCAACAUACAGGUGGUUCCCUGGAGAUCUCCCAUCCAGGCACUGACCAGACCCGGGCCUGCCGAGUUUCAGCAAGGUGAUGGCCACAUGCAUCUUCAGAUGAAACCCUAGGACCUAACUAGAUCUUUUGAGUGUUGGUAGCUCUGUGGCUUUAACAAAUCAAGCUGUAAGGGUGUAUAAUACCGGCUAAAGCCCCAGAAGACAAACGUAGCUGAAAAGAGCUCCAGUGGUUAAGGAUAGAGCUACACUUCAGUGCUUGCCCUUCUCAAUGUCUAUCCAAACCAGCAUCAACUGUGCAGGUUUGCAUAAUAUGCUUAUCGCCCUGGGUUCCUACUGCAAGGAAGGGCAGGAUAUAAGUCAAAUAAAUAAUAAAAUACAUGUGGCAGACUUUAAAUUGCCAGGGCAUGAAAGAAUGGAGUACACAUAGCUCCCAACCAGUCCAAAAACUUCAUUUGAUAGUAGAUUAAACUGCCCCAUAUGAAAAACAUGAGAAGUAACAUCUCACUCCUGGAUGGGGUUUGUAAUGGUGGAGGGGUAUAGUCAAGACGUCUUUUUCUCUUCAAAACCACAGGGCCAUUGGGCAACUUGGAACUACAAUUUACUCUGUUUUUCCACCAAUCGUAGCUUAGAGGCUGUUCUUAGCUUCUUUGAUGAUAAAACUCAGUGUAUAUGCAUAACUUGUACUAUGAACAGGCCUGUUUUUAAUUAUGUUUCAAUACUUUUUAAAUUUGUACAAGAAAAAUAACUAUUAAAGCUGGAUGUAAAUAUGUUUAUUACAAAGAAGCUUUAUCUGUUGGCAACAAUCAGUUCAGAGGUGGGUUCGCAAGUUGAAAACAGGAGAUGCUGCAUAUCAUUCCUGUUUCCAAUGUUUAGACAAUUCCUUACAUAGCCAAAAUGGCACCACACAGUCCUGCAAAAGUAUAAAUAAAACUAAAGGAAAAAUCUUAAGAGGGGGGGAAAAACCCUCCUAUGGCCCAAUGAGGACCGUAUGUUCUUAUUAGCCACAGAAGAUGCAAAGUGCAUAUAGAAGGAGCUUAUUGAUUGGCUGACCAUUUAUGUAAUAGGAAAAAAAUCAAUCUACACAUAUACAUCUAAACCAACAUUUUAUUUUGUCAAAGCUUGCAAAUUAGAGUAGUGCAUGCAAUUGUAGAACAGAUGUCAUCAAUGUUAAAUAUCACAAUGGCAUGGUUUUGUUAUGUUUCAUAGUGUCAAUUCAGUAGUACAAAUGGAAGGCUGUCAAAAUGUGAAUCUAUCCUCAACCUAUCAGGAAAGGUAGCUAUAUUUCACAUUGACUUACAGUCAUGGAGCCUACAAAUCAACAUAGUUACUAGUAUACUAUAAGCAUGUCUUAAGAGUAUUAGAUUAUGAAGUACAUAAAAACAAGGCAGAAUGGAUGUAACUAGGAAGCAUACUUCAAAUGUAAAAAAACCACUGAACAUUUAUUUGGGCAGAGAUAUACAAAGUAUGCCAGGUGAGUGUCUUGCUGCCUGUAAUAAAAGAUAUAUAGUUUUCUUUUAAAUAAACCUUAGCUGGUCAAAAAAA